AUGCGGAGGACAAGAAGUAGUUACGCAAGAAAGAAGCCCCAGGAAGAGGCAUUGGACUGGAUAGGGAUGGAUAAAGACCCACCAGGCUUCAGAGUAAAACAGUUCCAGAACAAAGGCAGAGGCAUUAUAACAACCAUCAGUAGAUCAAAAGGAGACUUUCUGCUCCAUUAUUGUGGUGAGCAGAUAAGUGGAGAAGAAGGAGAAGUCAGAGAAGAAAGAGGAAGCAGUGGAUUUAGAUUUUUCUACUCUUGGAAGGGGAAAGAAUUAUGUGUUGAUGCAACAGAGGAAAGCAAUCGUCUCGGGAGAUUGGUCAACCAUGGGACGAAAAAGGAAAUCAAUAGUGUUAUGAGGAGUGCUGAAAGACAUCUAGUUUUGUAUGCUUUAAGAGACAUUGAUGAAGGAGAAGAGAUUUUGUACAAUUAUGGCAUAAAGAAUCUCCCAUGGGAAAAGGCUAAAGAGACAACUAUUAUUUGUAAAUGUUCUGUGGACACAGUCCAGCUUGACAGAACUACUCCUGCAGACCCUUUGGAUAGUCGUAACCUCAACAAAUGUUCUGUGGAUACAGUCCAGCUGUACAGCACUACUCCUGUGGACCCUUUGGACAGUCGUAACAUCAACGAAUGUUCUGUGGACACAGUCCAGCUUGACAGCGCUACUCCUGCAGACCCUUUGGAUAGUCGUAACCUCAAAUGUUCUGUGGAUACAGUCCAGCUGUACAGCGCUACUCCUGCAGACCCUUUGGACAGUCGUAACAUCAACGAAUGUUCUGUGGACACAGUCCAGCUUGACAGCACUACUCCUGCAGACCCUUUGGACAGUCUUAACAUCAACGAAUGUUCUGUGGACACAGUCCAGCUUGGGAGCUCUACUCUUGCAGACCCUUUGGACAGUCAUAACAUCAAAGAAUGUUCUGUGGAUACAGUUCAUCUUGACAGAAAUACUCCUGCAGACCCUUUGGAUAGUCGUAACAUCAACGAAUGUUCUGUGGACACAGUCCAGCUUGACAGCACUACUCCUGCGGACCCUUUGGACAGUCCUAACAUCAGCGAAUGUUCUAUGGACACAGAUAGCGCUACUCCUGCAGACCCUUUGGAUAGUCGUAACCUCAACAAAUAUUCUGUGGAUACAGUCCAGCUGUACAGCGCUACUCCUGCAGACCCUUUGGACAGUCAUAACAUCAACGAAUGUUCUGUGGACACAGUCCAGCUUGGGAGCUCUACUCUUGCAGACCCUUUGGACAGUCAUAACAUCAACAAAUGUUCUGUGGACACAGUUCAUCUUGACAGAAAUUCUCCUGCAGACCCUUUGGAUAGUCAUAACAUCAAUGAAUGUUCUGUGGACACAGUCCAGCUUGACAGCACUACUCUUGCAGACCCUUUGGAUAGUCGUAACAUCAACGAAUGUUCUGUGGACACAGUCCAGCUUGACAGCGCUACUCCUGCGGACCCUUUGGACAGUCCUAACAUCAGCGAAUGUUCUAUGGACACAGAUAGCGCUACUCCUGCAGACCCUUUGGAUAGUCGUAACCUCAACAAAUAUUCUGUGGAUACAGUCCAGCUGUACAGCGCUACUCCUGCAGACCCUUUGGACAGUCAUAACAUCAACGAAUGUUCUGUGGACACAGUUCAGCUGUACAGAGCUACUCCUGCAGACCCUUUGGAUAGUCCUAACAUCAACGAAUGUUCUAUGGACACAGACAGCGCUACUCCGGCGGACCCUUUGGACAGUCUUAACAUCAACAAAUGUUCUGAUGAUACAGCCCCGUUUGACAACGUUGCUUCCGCAAUAAAGGAAACAGAUGCAGCUUAUAAAGUCAUCAUUGAGGAUACAGAAGGUAUUUCUUUCUUUUAA